AUGUCCAGGUUUCAGGAGCUUAAAGCUUCGUUCAAACGGCGGCUGCUGACUUCAGUUCGUAAAGAUCUGUUCGGACAUUUGGAGAGAAAAAUAUCCGAUUAUAAGAAGGAGAUCGACCGCAACAGGAAAUUGUUGGAUCUGGUCCCAAACAGAGACUCAAGGCGGCGAGAAUCAGUGUGUCCUGCAGACGUCCAGCAGGUGUUGGAGACUAAAGAAGAGGUUUCCCCUGAGCAGCAGGAGUGGAGCUCCAGACUGGACCAGCAGGACCCAGAGCCCCCCCACAUUAAAGAAGAACAGGAGGAAUUUGCUCUUUUUCAGAGACCAGUAGAUGCUGAUGAAGAGGACAGCAGAGGAUCAGAACAGGAAGUUACUCCACACUCAAAGAGGGAUGACUGUGAGGAUCCUAAACUAUUUAGCUGCACAGUUUCGGGUAAAAGAUGGGCACAUAAAUCAAAUCUAAGAAAACACAUGUUUACCCACACAGGUGAGAAACGAUUUAGUUGCUCAGUUUGUGGUAAGAAAUGUGUACAUAAAUCAGGCUUAAGAAACCACAUGUUAACCCACACAGGUGAGAAACCAUUUAGCUGCUCAGUUUGUGGUAAAAAAUUUGGACAAAAAUCCACUCUAAACAGACACAUGUUAACCCACACAGGUGAGAAACGAUUUAAUUGUUCAAUUUGUGGUAAAGAAUGUGCACAUAAAUCAACUCUAACAAAGCAUAUGUUAAUCCACACAGGAGAGAAACCAUUUAGUUGCUCAGUUUGUGGUAAAAAAUUUGGACAAAAAUCAAAUCUAGGCAAACACAUGUUUACCCACACAGGUGAGAAACGAUUUAGUUGUUUAGUUUGUGGUAAAAAAAUUUCAGAUAAAUCAACUCUAACAAACCAUAUGUUUACCCACACAGGAGAGAAACCAUUUUGUUGCUCAGUUUGUGGUAAAAAAUUUGGACAAAAAUCAAAUCUAAGCACACACAUGUUAACCCACACAGGUGAGAAACCAUUUAAUUGUCCAGUUUGUGGUAAAAAAUUUGCACGUAAAUUCUCUCUAACAUCCCAUAUGUGGACCCACACAGGUGAGAAACCAUUUAGGUGCUCAGUUUGUGGUAAAACAUUUACACUUCAUUCAUCUCUCUCAAGCCACAAGUUAAUCCACACGGGAGAGAAACCAUAUAGUUGCUCAGUUUGUGGUAAAAAAUUUGCACAUCAUUCAUCUCUCCCAAGCCACAAGUUAAGCCACACAGGAGAGAAACCAUAUAGUUGCUCAGUGUGUGGUAAAGGAUUUAGACAAAAAUCACGUUUAACAUUCCACAUCUUGACCCACACAGAUGAGAAACCAGUUAAUUGCUCAGUUUGUGGUCAUAAAUGUACAAACAAAUCAAAUCUAGUAAGCCACAUGUGGACCCAUGCAAGAGGGAAACAAUUUAGUUGCUCAGUUUGUGGUCAUACAUGUGCAAACAAAUCAAAUCUAACAAGCCAUAUGUUGAGCCACACAGCUGAGAAAUCAGUUAUUUGUCCAGUUUGUGGCAAAAUAUGUGCACGUAGAUCAGGUCUAACAUUCCACAUGUCAACCCACAUAGAGGAGAAACCGUUCAGUUGCUUAGUUUGUGGUAAAACAUUUUCACGUAAGUCAAAUCUAACACGACAUAUGUUAACCCACACUGGGGUAAACCAUUUAACUGCUCAUUGUGUGAUGAAAAGUACGCAGACAAACAAAGUCUGGAAGACCGAAUGACACAUCACACGGGAAAAACGCUUCAGUUGUAGUGUUUGUAACAAAAGAUUCAGUCAACCAAUUUACACAGUUUACACAAUUAUGGACAAUUUAUUGUGACAAAUGUUUCUAAUUUUACCUGGCUGCAAUGACAAACCAAACCUCUGGGAUUAAUAAAGUUAUCUAACAGUCGGCUGUUCAAAAACAUGAGUGUGUUGUCCUGUCCAACAGGGAAAAAGUAAAACGGCAUAUCCUCAUGUUUGAGAAGCUGGAAGCAUUUUUGCUUCAGAAUGACAAACUAUAAAAUAAUUAUCAAAAUAGUUUGAGAUUAAUUUUCUGUCGAUUAGUAAAUCAAUUAUAAACCUAUUGUUGCAGCUCUGCUGUGCAGCUGCUGAUUGAGCCGUGUUUCAGUUAAGAAAACUUAUGUUUGAGUUUCAUGUAUUUACUUUGAUUAGAUUAAGAAGUGAUUCUGCUUUUCUUUCUCAUUCUUUGUUGAUUUUAUGUUAUUCUGUUUGUAGUAUUUAAAAUAUAACUUCUCAGGCUUUUGCUCAAAUAAUGUUUAAUGAGCAUUGUGAUUAUUUUCCUCUCAGGACUUUGUGUUUUACUGUAUGUAGGCUGGAGAGGCUGAACUGUGCCUCUGACAAAAUCAGCUUUUUAAACCUCUGUGUUAUAGCUGAAGAUUGAAGUGCCUAGGAAAUUUUUAAUGACAUUCUUUUUACUUACUUUAGUCAAAUAAAAGUCUUAACUGAA